GGCUCUAAAUUUGCGCACUUUCACCUUUAGGCGCAUGCUUUCUCUGCGACUAUUUCGCCUUCUGAAGAGAGUAAGGCCCACUUGGUAAAGGAAUCCCAUGGCCAUUUAGGAAACACCACACUAACUCAACUUCUCAAGAAGGUAAGCCUACAUUACUGAUCGUAGGCUUUUGAAUCUUUGACUGUUUGAUGAGAACUGCGACCUCUGUAUCUGCGUGGACGUGAUGUGAAAACAGAAAAUAUCGCUCUGACCUCUGUUGAUGGCAGCAUCCCAUGUGAAGUUCCAGCUUACUGACUUGAGUUGCUGCUACUUCUGCAUUUUCCUUGGAAGUGAUUUUCAUCAAAGGGAGCAAUGGCAGAUAAGAUGGAGUUUGAUUUUGAUAAUCCGAGCAAGGAUGGUCAACAGUUUCAAGGUGCUGAGGAUCAAAACACUAACCCACAAAGUUUGGAUUUGAGUUCAUUUGCGAUGCCUUUCCUUGAAAGUGAAGAACAAAUGGAAGAACCAGAAGGGGAGAAGAAACCACUUGUCAGUAGUUCUGGAAGUCACAGUGGAUCUUCAUCUCCACAGAGCCCACUGGAGUCCAGAAGAUACACUUUCCCUUCUAAACCUAUAAAAAGAAGAUGGAAUAGUGGUCCUACUGCUCAGACAUCCAGCUUGCCAGGCAAAGUGAUGUACACAAGUCCCCAGUCACGUACAGCUGGGAAUUCACCACAAACUUUGGGCUUGGAACGGCUGAAACUGAAGGAUUAUCAAAAGGAACCCGAAAGACGCACUCCACGAAAGAAUCUCCAGAGGCAGUUCUCAGAGGGGGAACAUCCAGCAACAGGAUUUCACCCGUUACAGGCCAUUGCUGAUAAUGAUUUAGGCAGUAUGGAAGUUGAUUCAGCAGAUCAAAUGAAUACCAAACCAAAAGCAGAAGAGAUGACAUUUGUGAGGUUCAUGAAGAACCACAAAUGUUAUGAGAUCAUUCCAACAAGUGCCAAGCUGGUGGUGUUUGACGUUCAACUGUUGGUCAAAAAGGCUUUCUUUGCUUUGGUGUACAAUGGAGUUAGAGCAGCCCCCUUGUGGGACAGUGAAAAACAAGACUUUGUUGGUAUGCUGACAAUUACUGACUUUAUCUGCAUCUUAGAGAACUACUACAAGUCUCCAUUGGUCAAAAUGGAUGAACUGGAGGAGCAUAAGAUAGCAACAUGGAGAGAUGUGUUGAGUAAAAAGGCAAGACCACUGGUGUGGAUUGAUCCAGAUGCCAGUUUGUUUGAAGCUGUUAGAAUGCUGAUUCAGUCCAAGAUUCAUCGUCUGCCUGUUGUGGAUCCAGUAACCGGCAAUGUCAUCUACAUUCUUACCCACAAGAGGAUCCUCAAAUUUCUUGGGCUGCUGAAAAAUGAAAUCCGAAGUCCAGCAUUCUUGAAGAAGAGCCUACAGGAACUUGGUAUUGGCACAUACACUAAUAUUGCAACUGCCAAGCCCAACACUCCUUUAAUCAAGGCGCUACAGAUCUUUGUUGACCGCAGAGUAUCAGCAUUGCCAGUUAUUGAUGAUAACAACAAGAUCAUUGAUAUCUAUGCCAAGUUUGAUGUCAUUAAUCUUGCUGCUGAGAAAUCGUACAACAACUUGGACAUUACAAUUCAGCAAGCCCUGCAAUUCAGACAGACAUACUUUGAAGGUGUUCACACUUGUCAGGCCUCUGAGACCUUGGAAACCAUCAUGGAGAAAAUCAUCCGAGCUGAGGUUCAUCGUCUGGUUGUAGUGGAUGGUGAGAAUCAUGUUGUGGGGAUUGUAUCAUUAUCUGACUUACUCAAUUUCCUAGUACUUCGCCCAGCAGGGAUUGCAAGCAGGAAGCCGAGUGCUAAUUCACCAGAAACUGAUAAAUGAAAGAUGCGACUGCUGGAAAAUAACCUUGUGCAAGGCACAGCUUGUCCUUUAAAACUCAGAGAUGACUUGUGGGCCAUUCCUACAAGACGUUAGGCAGUGUGGCUUUUUGUUUAAAGAGCUUUAUCUCUGAAGGCUUUUCUCUUAAUGUGUAUAUGAGGAUUAUGUAAAAAUCAAUAUAUUUCCAGAUUGCAAAAUGCCACAGGGUUCAAACAUACACCAAAUUAAAGCUUAUAAUGUAAUCACUUCAAAUGUGUAUGUAACUUAUUUUGAAAAAAGUCCCAUAUUACCCAUUUUUCUGGAGCUGGUCACAAAUGGGCAUUCCAUCAAAAAUGAUCAAAGUCCAUCAAACCCUACAACUGCACUCUCAGUAGUUGAACCUUCAUGUUCAUUUGUUCAGACAUCAGUAGCAUUUGCUGCCAAGGGACAGAACUGCUUCCUGCUUUUACAUCCGUUUUGUAAAAAGAGUUCGGCUGUUCAAGCAAAUUUAGUUGUGCAUGGAAUGAUGUUGUUGGUCCUCAUUCUGCAGAUACAUCACACAAGUAAGACACUGUAUGGACAUUCUGGACACUCUCUACACAUGAGGAUUACAUUCUAAUAACUCUUUGGUUAUAAUUGGUAUAAAACACAAAAACACAACAUGUGAUCAAAGUUAACGUUAGUAUCAAGGAAAUACUGGUAGAUAGAUAUUGGUAUCAACUGUGAUAGAAAUUGUGGUUAGUAGCUUGAGAAAGUGAGCAAUACUGUAGAUGUUUAUACCCAUCCACAUGUCUCCAAGUACAUGUAAAUGUUUUCAUUAUCCCCCAAUUUGCUUGGGUUUUGUUAGCCAUGUGAUUAAGUUUUAGCUCCAGUCACCCAUUGAAAUUAGAGAUAAUUUACAGUAUAUAUUUCAGUUGUACUAAAUAAAACUACAUUUGUUUCAUGUAACAGUCAGGGCAGGUAACAGUGUACAUAUAUGAUAAAUGUAUGUGUUGAGGCAUACAGCAGAGUUGCAUGUUUGUAAAUAAAACAAAAGUUGUGAAAAGGGAUAGAGAUAAUAAUAUCUGAAACCAAAUGCUGGGCAGUAUUCCGUGGUGCUCACUGCCCAUAGUAACAUUGACCACUGUACUACCCAAACCCUAAUCAUAUAACUCUCCAUGCUAAGUAUUCAGACCCCAUGGCUUAUCAUUAGUAGUACAUGUAAAGCUUCUUCAUUGAAAUUUAGUUUAGUGAAAGUGAUAUUUCAUCUCAUGGCUACCGAUCAAUUCAAGUAACAUUGAAGUCACUUAUGUUGUGAUACUUGCUUGAGAGUGUUACAUGUCCUUUGUAAGGCCAUAUUGUUUGUAGGUGCAUGUAUUUGCUAUAUUUGCUGAAUGCAAUGGAGCUAUUCAGUGCAACAUUAAAACAUACGGGACAUCUUGCAUUAUGCUGUACAGUCACCAUGCUGGUACAUUAAUGAUGAUGGUGGUUGAUAUGCUUUACAUAGAGGAUUUUGAUUUGUGAGAACAGAAUAAAAGAAGCCAUUGUGUGUAAUUAGUAUGGCAUUACAUUACAGCUACUAUCAUCAAGGUGAGACUGAAAACGCACAUGAAACAUCCUUUAGCUUGCUUUACCUCAUGCCCUAGAUGAGGUUGGGGUAGAAUGUCACAGUUGUUGUCCCUUUUAACUACUUGACACCGGAUGUGUAAACACAUGCUAUUUUCGUUGUUUGCUCCAUGGAGCAUGUGUACACUUGUUUAAGAAUUAUUUUUUCAUUUCCGGGGUUCAGGUAUUAAUGCGUCAUGCUUGGUGGGUCAAAGCGCAGAAGAUGAUCUUACACAUGGACCCUGCUUCUAAGUGGACCCAUCCCCGACCGACAAUAAAACACAAAUGCCUUUCUUGAGUAAUUAAAUUGAAUAUGGGAGCCCACACCAUACACCAAAGAGCUAAGGGAAUUAAAGACCAUCUUUGUUUGGGUAAGUCAAUCGGCUAGGGAGCGAAACCACACUUACAAAAGAGAUAAGGUUACAAAAUUCCAACUACCAACAUUUUUGUAUCAAAACAUUGGCAAAAAAUGCACAUGGCGAUGGGUGAUGCCUGUAUACACUGUAGUUGAUGUACCCUAAUAUGGCGUGGCCCAAUGUGGUGCACUUUCAUUUUUGCCUCUAGUGUCUUUCGGGAGCAAUAUUUUACCUCAAAUUUCACAAUCAGUAAAACUUCAACUCCUAUUAUUCUGAUUCAUAUAUCUCAAUUUUGGGUAUCUGGUUAAAAGUUCUGAUGAAAUUUGUGUUUGUCCCAAUUUUCCGACUUUUUUCUGACACGCAAAAUGAACGCUUUCAAAAUGUGCUCAAAAAUAUGAGAAUAAUUUUCUACACGCUUGUGAAGGGGUAGGUGAGUAGAGGGGAUGAUGCUGUAUAAGAAUUUAUCAACUUUAAAGAAUGUUGAAAAACAUUGUUUGGCAUGCACAAGAGUUUAUCCACUAUGAACACAGAGUGAGGGUUUCCCCUCGUUUUCUCCAAAUGAUGUGAUCUACAUUUAGAAUUCGCAUUUUGGCAUGAACAGAAAUAGUUGAGCUCUGAAGACAAAUGACACUGCGUUCGAUUUGGAUGCUUCCAUAUUUAUUUGAACAGAUAAAAUCAGAGAAAACAAUGUUUUCUUUCGACGUGUUCUUCAACCAGAUGAGUUUUGAGUUUUUCAAUGAAAAGGUUUGGCAAAUGCUGUGAGAGGAAACUUAAGUGACAGUGGAAGUGCGCCAUGUUAGGGGACUCUAUUAUAUUGGCCUUUUGUAUAUGAACUGGUUGACGUGUGGUAAUCCGCUAACUCUAAAUGCCCCAAAUCCUGGUAUCAGGUUUCAAAACAACUGUGGAUUAUCUUCAUUAUCGAGAGUGAAAAAAUGUCGGUUAUACCCAUCAGCUCAGUCUUUUGUGCCGAGCAUGGUCUUUUGUUACAAGGCCCAACUCUUUUGUCCGGAAACCUGCUCCCCGUCUUCGUGUAUUAAGCCCAGCUACUCAAAAAUGGGUCGCCCGUCAGGAAGUGGUUAACCAGUGGGUAUUGACAAAUUAUAUUUCUUUGGUAGUUGCAUCUGAUCCUGCAUUUGUGGUUUGCUUUCCCCAUGUUAAGAUCACUGUAUAUAGAUUCUGCCAUUUCAAAUGUCAGUUCACAAUCUGAUAACUGUAUACAUGAAAAGCACAAUCUUUAACCCUAACACUCCUCAAUCCUUCACCUGUUGGAGGACUGAGGACUGUUAGGGUUAAUACAAAACUCAGUUCGUACAUCUAAUAUGAGACGAGCUUGAAAAUGGAUCAUAAUUUCAUUUUUUUAGAAUGUUGAUCAAUAAAUGAUGAGACUCAACUUGUA